AUGCGAUCCAACGACGACAUGAAUACGAGCAUGGGCUCGUCCAUGCCGCCGCAGAGACCGCGACAGGUUCUUGCUCAGCCACGCCGGUCGCCGAUGCUGGUGGAGAGAGACGGAGCUCGCUGCUCGUCCGAGAAAGAGUACAAGUUUGUGCUCACUACUCCACGCCCCCCAGUGCUGGCGGCUAAUGCUGCGCAGGCACUGCGAGAUGCGCAUAGAUGGUGGCAUAAGGCGAAUGAGAUGGCUAAGUGCUACAUGUUGGCAUAUAUGUCUUCAGUGCUCAAGCAUCAGCAUUCUGCCAUGGAAACUGCCGCCGAGAUUAUGCAAAAUCUUGCAAAUCUUUUUGGUACUCAAAAUCGAACGGCUAAGUCUCAAGCCUUUCGGAGUAUCAUGACGAAGACUAUGAAGGAAGGCACAUCUGUGAGGCAACAUGUCCUCGAGAUGAUGAGCCACCUCAACCAGAUUGAGGUUUUAGGAGGGACGAUCGAUCCCGAGUCCCAGAUUACUAUAAUUCUUCAGAGUCUUCCCCCUAGCUUCCAGCAGUUCAAGCUCAAUUUUGAGAUGAACAAGCGGGAUUACACUUUGGCUGAGCUGCUGACUGAACUUCAGUCGGCGGAGGACCUUAUGGUUCAAGCUAAGAGUAGCUAUGCUGAGUUUGGCGCCUAA